ACUUUUUUCCCACUCUGUCAAAAUUCUUCUUCAAGAACAUGACAGAAAAUUCUUCUUCAUGAAGUCUUAUCUCUUCCUCUCUGUCUUACAGCACAACUACAUAAACAACAGAUUUUCAACUUCUUAUUACAAAUUUCCAAUCACUCAAACAAACAUAACAGAAUCUCUCUACAAAACCAAUAAUCAUAAUCACAACAUCAAAUAGCUUCAACAAAAAUAAAUCAUACAAACAGAAAACAACAACAACUAUCACAACAAAAACAAAAAACCGUUGCCAUAAACCAAAUAAAAAAAGCAAAAUAUUACAAAAAAAAAACAAAGAAAAGAAAGAAGAAAGAAGAAAAAAAAACACUGAUUUUUUUCCGUCGUGUUUACUCCUCCGCGCCGGAAAGUCAUCGCCGUCGUCAUCCACCGCUUCAAUUUUUAAGGAAAAAAAGUCGAAUUUUCGAAGAUGUCGAGGUUUGCGUUCUUCAACCGAUCGAAUACGAUUCAUGCAUCAUCAUCAGAAAAAUCUGAGAAACCAUUCGAUCAUCUUUUAGACCGGUCCGGUUCACUGACCCGAUUCUACGGUUCAGUAGAAACGGCGAAAUCUUCAAUUCGUGGAAGGAUGGUGAAGAAGCUCUGCAAUUUAUUCGAAUCGACGAAAGAAUCAUCGGCGAAAUUUAAUAUGAAACCCCCGCACCAUGGUUCGGAACCACGUUCGGGAUCGAAAUUAGGGUUAAAAGCUCGAUCGGAAUUAGGUUCGGAAGAAUCGGGUAUGUUGUUUCGGUUACCCGGAGCUGAGGAUCGGAUUGUGGUGUAUUUGACAAGUUUGAGAGGAAUUAGAAGAACAUUUGAAGAUUGUAAUGCUGUUAAGAUGAUUCUGAAAGGGUUUAGGGUUUGGGUUGAUGAAAGAGAUGUUUCUAUGGAUUGUGCUUAUAGAAAAGAAUUGCAGAGUGUGAUGGGUGAAGAGCAUGUAGCACUACCUCAGGUGUUUAUAAAGGGAAAGUACAUUGGUGGUGCUGAUGAGAUUAAGUCUCUAUUUGAAACUGGUGAUUUGAAAAGGAUUCUUGAAGGGUUUCCCAAGGUGAAGCCUGGUUUUGUUUGUGAGAAUUGUGGAGAUGCUAGGUUUGUACCUUGUGAUAAUUGCCAUGGAAGUAGGAAAAUAUUCGACGAGGAUGAAGGGUUGUUGAAGAGAUGCAUGGAGUGCAAUGAGAAUGGACUUACUAGAUGCUCAUAUUGCUGUUCUUGAAUGAUUUUAGGUGAUAAUGAAAACGAAGACGAUGAUGGUAUAGAUGAGAUUCUGCUUCGAAUCUUUAUAUUGUGGUAAAAUAUGAGAAAAUGCGAUCAAAAUUAUGAUGCCGUUGUGGGGAUCUAAAAAUCCUUUAAAACUAUGCUCCGAUUAUGAUGAUGUUUUGCGCCUUGAACAACAUUUUGCUUUGUUCAAGGGCAUUUUUUUUACUUCAACAUUAAACAUAACUACAAAACUGGUAUCAUAAUGUAUUAAUGUUCAUAUGUAAAUAUAUAAACAAAGAUCUAGUUUAUGAUGAGCAUGAGAUUUUUAUUCCCUUUUCA